GCCUCAACGAUCACAUCACAAAAAAAAUGAAGACCCUCACCUAUUUCCUUGCCUUGUGUCUAGCCACCACCACCUUGCUCUUCACCGGCGGCAAAUCAUGCCCACACGAUCCGGUGCUGACCGUCGCAGCCGCAUGCCACCAGGUGAGCGGAGGGCAGCCCAUGCUGGAGCUCUGCACCAAGACGCUCCACGCCGCAGCAAAUGACAAGGCCGAUGCGGUCAGCAGUUAUGCCUAUAGAGGUGCGGCCGCGGCCGUACAAUCGUGUGUAGACACCGAGCGCGCCGGCUCGCAGUUGCUGCGGAAUCCGUCGCUCCCCAAGCAGCUGCAAGCGGCGUACAACCACUGCAUCGACAGGUACGGCGUAGCGCACAAGAAGAUCAACGCCAUAGGUCAGGCCUUGUACAGCUGCGGGUUCCCAAAAACCUUCAGGCAGGACUGCGCGGAUGCCGCCGCCGCAAUCGACGAUUGCGCUCGUAACUUGCAGGCCGCCGACCCGUCGUCGCCUUUGUACAAGCUGGCCUUGACUGGCCGGGAACUGACCGCCGUCACUUGCUCGCUGGCACUCCUCGGUGAAGCUGGGCAUUAAGAGCUGACAAAACCAGCUGUGUAACUUCUUAUUCGAAAUAAUUGCAUGUUUAUUUUUAUGGUGACUCAUGUUUUUAAUGAAAAUUGCUCCUUCUUUACUACUA